UUUAAAAUACACACACUCAUAAAAAAAAGUGAACCUUUCACUUUCUCCGAUCCUUCUUCACUUCCCAUGUACUAGUAGUAUAUAUAAAUUGCUUCGACUUGUCACUUAAACUCUUCAUCGAUCUCUCUUCUAACCCACAAAAAAAAAAAAAAAACCAAACACAACUCAAAGGUCUCUCCUUUGUUCGGUUUUGUCAUAGUCAUGUCUCUAGCAUGGAAAAAACCAAAGUCGAGUCGAAUCUUAAGAUUCUUGUCAGAGUUUCAGAAGAACUCUACGAAACGCGACGGUUCUUUGUUCGUAGAAACUGGCUUCCCAGCUUCUCUGAUCGAUCUCUUCUUUAAAAACCGCGAUCGUUUCAAGAAACAACCUUCUAAACGCUUUCAACGAAUCGAACGCCAGAUUCAAACCGCUCCAACCGCUUCUUCGUUGAUUAAUAAUCAAGAUACGGUUUUGGAAAAGCCCACGAAGAGGGAAGCUGUAAAAAGUAAGAUCGAGAAAGCUAAUAGUGUUAAAGGGAAACCAGCGGCGGUUAAAAAUAGCGUUUGCGUUUGCGGUGGAAGCGGUGCGUUUGUUUUGAUGGCGUUUAAGGUUUUAGUAGUGGCGUUGCUCGCCUUGAGCACGAAGAAGAAGCUCACUGUAGGAAUCACUCUCUCCGCUUUUGCUCUUCUCUUAACAGAGCUCGUGACGGCGCGUCUUUUCACGCGCUCCAAGCUCUGUAACAAAGUCGAAAACGCGAUUUCCCACGUAAAAAUCGAAACUUUCGAUGAAACUCGAGUUCACAAAGAAACAGAGCAACAUGUAGUAGCUGAAACAGAGGAUUCGAAUUCCAAAGAUUUAACAAUUCGUGAUCUUUUGACAAAGGACGAGAAGUCAACAGAUAAAAGUUCGAGACUAAAAUCGAAGAUUUUGAAGAAGCUGAGGAGUUUUAGUAAAAAGAAGAAGUUAACGAUGAAGACCAAAGAAGAGUCUUUGAUUGAAGAAGUCUCGAGUUUGGUUCUAAAAGAUAAAACAGAGAUGAGUAUUGAGUCUGAGAGAGACGAAGAGAUGAUGAAUCCAACGCCAUUGAUGAGAUCAAAGGGAGGAGAUACAAUGAAUGGUGUUGCCCUGAUCGUGGUUGUGCUUACUAGUCUCUUGUGUGGGAAGAUCUUAGCCAUUGUUUUGACACUAUCUUGUCUUGUUCUUAGAUUUGGAGUAGCCAAAAAAAUAUAAUCUUUUUGCAUAUAA